ACCAUGGUUUGUUUUCAGGCGAUUCCGACAUUCUCAAGAGCAUGCCGGGCGACCAGUAAUUUUGUUAAGAUCGUGCUUUCCGGUGAUUGCUGUUUUUCCCCUCUAAACUGUGUCAUUUUAAUUUUAAUUGUGGUUCUUCAAUGCUAGUUGGUUGACAUGUACCAUCACACCAUCCAGAUUCUGGCAGUGUUUUGAUGUUUGGUUGAUGAAUUUUGCUUCUGGGAUGAAAUGAUGAACUGUGCCUUUCCUUUAAUUAUUUAUCUUUAUUUACAUAUGAGUAGCAUUAUGUGUCAUAAACAUGACUUUUAUGAACUAUUUUCAUCAUCCAAAAACUUGUCCUUACAAAACCCCCCCAAACAGGGAUGUUGGUUAUCAUUUCCAACAACUGCCCACCCCUCUGGAAGUCGGAGAUUGAGUAUUAUGCUAUGUUGUUAAAAGUGGGUGUUCACCACUAUCGUGGAACCAACAAUGAUUUGGGAACUGCAUGUGGAAAAUUCCACAAAGUGUGUUGCAUGAGCAUUAUUGACCCUGGUGAGUUUCUGUUUUCUAACCAAUGGUUUGUUUUCAGGAUGCUGUCCAAACUCACCCAAACCACGAUGGUAAUGGAAUACCAGACCGCCUUCGAGGCCCUUCUCAACAAGCCCUUCUCCUUCUUCGAUCGAAGCAUGCCAUCGCCACAACCCCAUCUUCUCCUUCUUCUCCGGCGAGCAGCAGCACGAUGGUGGGGCGACGAACCAGAACCCCCGGCGACCACAUCCCGCGACCCAGCAGCUCAAGGACUCGGCAAUGGGCAGACCCGACCCGGUUCUCUAGUGGCUGCCUCUGUUCCGGCAAACCAGCAACUCCGGCGACUUCCCUUCGUGCUCCAGCCAUUCCGGGCAGCGGUGGUAGUUUGAGCAGUCGUAUCGGUUCGGGCAACGGGAUGAAUCUGUUCUGACAAUGAAUUCUAAUCGACGAAUCGAGGUAAUCAUGGAGGGACUGACCUUGGAACAUAUCCCGGAGGGAAGCGUGACGGAGGAGAUGUACGGAUGCAGUGACUUAAUAAUGUUCGAUUUAAUUAUAAAGCUUCCGCACCAUUUGUAUAAACCCUGAUAUGUAAAUUAAAUGGUUUGAGUUGAU